UAUUUUAGAAUGAGUUUCUUCUCUCAUCACUCAACAGGUGAUGAAAGCGUCCAAUGAGAUUUCGUUGCUGAGGCUGAGGAACCCUUGGGGUUUUAUCGAGUAUCGCGGACCCUGGAGUGACAAGAGUAAGGAGUGGGAUGACGUGGUCAAAGAGGAGAAAGAAAGGAUUGAGCUGAAGAAGAAAGAAGAUGGAGAGUUCUGGAUCAGUGUCGAGGACUUCCACAACCAGUUUGACAUCGUGGAGCUCUGCAGUCUGAAUCCUGACAAUCUUGAGGAGGGAAUCACAGCCUCCCCUUCCUCUCCUGCCUCCCCGUCUAUCUGGAACAUCACUGAACAUGAAGGAUUCUGGGUAACGGGAAGUACUGCUGGUGGCAGCCGCAGAUACAACCGAUCCUUCUGGAAAAAUCCUCAGUACCAGUUGGUUCUGACGGAGCAGGACCAGCCACAGUUGGAGGAUGAUGAUGAUGAUGACGAAGAUGACGACGAUGAUGAGCCGAUGACCGCAGAGGAGAAGCAGAGAGCAGAGAAACAGAAGCAGAAAGCAAAAAAGUGCACCGUGCUGGUGGAGAUGCUGCAGAAAGACCGCAGGCAGAAGAAUAAACUCAACUUCCUCCACAUUGCUUUCCACAUCUAUCAGGUUCCAACUGAGCUCCAGGGUGCGUGUUUGAGCCGCCACUUCUUCAUGACCACUCGCCCCGUGGGUCGCUCUGGAAAAUAUAUGGCUCAGAGGGGAACGUGGAGGAAGAUGCAUCUGGACCCGGGGAACUACAUCAUCGUGCCGUCUACCUACCGACCCAACCAGCCCGGAGAGUUCUAUGUCCGCAUUUUUGCCAAGACCGGAAACACUUUGGGGACUCAGGACUUCACUUGCUCCUCUGGGUUCCUCCCGGUAAUGGCUACCCCGGUCUCUCCAGAGGAUCAAUUGAAAGUUCUGAAAACUUUUGAUGAGGAUGCCGGCCCUGAUGACAGACUGAAUGCCAAGGAGCUCAUGAAGCUGUUCAACACAGCUCUUGAGAAAGAUUACCAUCUGCCACUGGAGACAUGCCGACAGCUCAUCUUUGGAGAGGAUACUAAAGGGCGCUCCAGUCUCACCCGUAAACAAACAGAAACCCUGCUGUCCAGUCUGCGACAUAUGCAGUCCAUCUUUUUCCAGUUUGAUGAGGACUCUUCUGGGACCAUGAGCCCCUUUGAACUCAGCACAGCGCUGCAAGCUGUUGGAAUGCAGUGUGAUAGCAAGGUGGUUGAGCUGCUGUCUGAGCGCUUUGCAUCAGGAGAACUUCACAUGCCCUUCCACAGCUAUGUGUCAUGUGUCACCAGGAUGCAGAAGCUUUUUGCGCUGUAUGAAUCAGAAACCAGUCAGGAGGUGAAAGACAGAGGUAUCAACUCUUGGCUGCUUCAGUUCCUGACAGUGUGAAGACGCUUUGUGAUGAGGGUCUCUAUCUUACACCCAGCUGAACACAGCAUGCCGUUGAUUAUUAAACAACGAAGACAAAUAUAAAGUGUAUUUAAAACCUUAUUCCAAAGCAACAGCGGUGGCUUAGUUCACGCGUUGCUCAGCCAUUGUUUUAUUCUUUAUGAUUCAUGUACCUUUCGUUAUACUUAUGGAUAUGGCCUGAUAUAGGUUAAAGGUCAGCUUCAUUGUCAUUAUACAAUACAGGAUUGCACAUUCAAAUGCAGUUGCUGCCCAGAACACUACCCACAAAGGAAAGGUAAGGAUUUGGAUAAAUAGGAGGUAUAAUAAUUGAAUAUUAAUCAAUAAUAUAACAACUUUAAUAUAUAAAGUAUACAAAAUGUACGAGGAAGAUGCCCUUACACAUACACAUAAACACAAUGUAUACAAUAUAAUAUGCAGAGUAUGCAUGAGUAUCAUUUAAUUGUUAUGUAAUACAAUUAUAUUACUUCACAUUGUAAUGAAAUCGAUAUCAUCAUUAAAGAUGUGUUUAAAGGUG